CUCUCUCUCUCUCUCUCGUCCGUCGGCGCCCGCAGGAGCCUCUGUGCGCUCGCCAUGGUGGACAGCAUCUACCGGACCCGCUCUCUGGGCGUGGCGGCCGAGGGGCUGCCGGACCAGUACGCCGACGGCCGCGCGGCGCGGGUCUGGCAGCUCUACAUCGGCGACACGAGGAGCCGCACCGCCGAGUACAAGAACUGGCUGGUGUCGCUGCUGCGCGCCCAGCGCUGCAACACGGUGCUGGACGUGGCCUGCGGCACCGGUGUGGACUCCAUCAUGCUUGUUGAGGAAGGAUUCAGGGUCACGAGCGUGGAUGCGAGUGACAAGAUGCUCAAAUAUGCCCUGAAGGAGAGAUGGAACCGCCGAAAAGAGGACGCUUUCGACCAUUGGGUCAUCGAGGAGGCUAACUGGCUCACCCUGUCACAGGACCUAGAGAAGCCUGGCAAGGGCUUUGACGCUGUCAUCUGUUUAGGAAACUCUUUUGCACACCUCCCAGAUUUUAAAGGUGACCAAGGUGCCCAUAAGCAGGCUUUGAAGAACAUUGCCAGUAUGGUGCGUCCAGGUGGCAUCCUUGUCAUUGACCACCGAAAUUAUGACUACAUCCUGGAAACAGGCUGUGCCCCUCCUGGGAAGAACAUUUACUACAAGAGUGACUUAACCAAGGACAUCACUACAUCUGUACUUCUUGUGAACAACAAACCGAACAUGGUGACGCUGGACUAUACAGUGCAGGUGCCACCCGAGGGGAAUGAUGGAAGCCCGGAACUAAGCCAGUUCCGCCUCUCCUACUACCCCCAUCGCCUGGAGCCUUUCACAGAACUGCUGAAAAACGCCUUCCAGUGCCCGUGUGAACACAGCGUCUUGGGGGACUUCAAGCCUUACACCCCAGGCCAGCAGUACAGCCCAUGCUAUUUCAUCCACGUGGUGAAGAAAACUGGCUGAGAAUUAUUCCGCAGACGAAUCCAGCAGGCGUAGACGGUUUUUCUUCAGCUGCUGGAGUGGCCAGUGGGGGUGUAAGCGGCAGUGAAUGUGCAUAAGAGGUACAUGAACCAGAAGAGGAAGUACUUGAAGGAGUCUUUCCCUUGCCUUUUUCUAAGGGGGAAAUCUAGUUAAUCUGCUUUGGGAGACUGGAGGAGCCAUUGCUCAAAUCAGGGAGCUCUUGAGGGAAGAAGGUGGCAAUGGUUUGCUUUGCAUCUGAAUCGUAUGCAAGGUCACAUGAGCUUACUAAACUUUGUUUCUCGAUAACUUUUUGGUUUUUGCUUCUCUGCCUUGAGAUUGCCUCAAUGAUUUGCACCGAUGCUUGAAAUUCCAAAUGAAUGUGGUUGUGUGUGUGUUUCUUUGGGGUGGGGAGGAGGGGUGAGCAAAUACUCGUGCUUUAGCUACACCUGGAGUAAUGGCCAGUUUGGGAACCUCAUUAGUUUUGAAGGUGGCAGAAGAAAAAAAUAGGGAAAAGAAAACAUAGUAUUGUCUCCUGAGCUGGAGUGUUUAUGUGAGUGAGGGUAGCCAUUGGCAUGCAACCCUUAUAGGGUCAGUUUGGGGGGGGGGGAAUUGCCCACCUUUGGUUCUUGAUGCUCACAGUGAGGAGACCUUUUGGCUGGGAAUAUCUUCCGUCACUUGAGAUUCUGAUGAAGGAAGAGUGCUGCAAAGUUCCCAUUCAUUUCAGCAGGCACUUACUUAAAAUACAUUGUGCCCAGAGAUCUUGAUCAGGGACAAUUGGACUGAGUUAAUGGUGGCACUGUGGUUAGCUUUCAUGUAUUUAACUUUUAGCACUUCCCCCAAAACAUUUCUGGCAGUAGAGCCCCACCAUCUCCUCCCCCAGUGUUCCCGAACAACUGGUAAUACUCUAUUUCGCCUUGCCAACAGAGCCAGAAAAACAGGUUUCACUGGGUGGUGUAGGCAGUGAAUGAACUAUGGUAGUAAAAGUUACUGGUUGAGAUUUUACUUGAUCUGGACCAGGAUGAGGCCAUGCUCUGUUAAGGAUCAACUGGGUAUUUUGGUGUUGUUGUGAGACCUGAUACAGCUCCUGAAAACUUAGGUAGCAGCUAAGACAAGUGAUUUUUAGCAGCAUUAACUGUUUUGCCAGUAUGACACAGACAAUGGUAACCUCAGGGCUGGAUGAUUGAUUACAGCGUGUUGUAUGUGGGGAAAACUGUCUGGAAAUCUUCGUUAGUUCAGAAUACAGUUGCUUGUUUAUCACAUGAGCAGCCAGACAAAGAAAUUCAAAAGAAUGAUAAAAGCUGCUUUUUUGAGUUCUUGUGGCAUGCAAUAAAAGUUUGUGGACACUU